UGUGUGUGUGUGUGUGUACAAUGCAGUAGGCCAGCUAGCGGUGCGCAGACAUGGUGGGAAAAUUUCCAAAGGCAGCAAGUGUGCUUUUGCUGGCUGUAAUUAUUCCAUUGUGUCUACGAUAUUUGAGAAGUCACUAUCUUCUCAACUGGGAAGGGCGGUAUGAAUUUCGUCCAACAAAAAUCCAUCAACCAUCAUCUGUGGAGCAAAUUGCUAGUAUCCUUCGAGGAGCAUCUUUGAAGGGCAAGACGGUAACAAUUGUAGGAUCUCGUCAUUCUUGGUCUGACAUUGCAGUGCCAGACGACACGAUGCUCUCUCUGGAGAAGUACACAGGUGUCGUACACAUAGACAAAGACAGACAACUUGUCACCGUUCGAGGAGGCACGACACUCGAAGAAAUAGUCAUCGCUAUAGAAGCAGAUGGACUAGCACUGCCGCAAUUGCCUUCCGUCUCUGGACAGACAAUAGCUGGUGCCAUAGCAACAGGCACCCAUGGAACAGGCAUUAAGUACGGGAAUUUGGCAACUCUGGUUACUGCGAUAGAGAUUGUGUCUGGUGAAGGGAUUGUUUAUCGAGCUAGUGAAAACAAGAAUCAUGAUAUUUUUAGAACGGCACUGAUUGGACUGGGUGCUGUUGGAGUGAUAACUGAAGUUACGAUAACUUGUGUGCCUGCAUUCAAUCUUCACGAAGUCAUUACACUCAUGCCACUGCAGCAAUGUCUGCAACAGUUGGACGACAUCGUCACCAGCAGUGAUCACGUCAAACUGUGGUUGGAGUUUCACACACAACAGGUACAAGUCUACAGAAGUAACAAAACUACAUCGCCAAGAAGGGAUAGCCCAACAGGAUUCAUUUUUAAUCUCAAGUUCUAUGUCUUUGAAUAUGCAUCAUAUGUUAUGUCAUGGAUCCCUAGACUUACUGGUGCAGUGAUGUGGGUGAGUGUGAACAUUUUCAAGUGUCUACGAACUGGAGACAGCGUUGGGUCUCCCCUCGAAGUAUUCAACAUUCCUCACUACUUUGUACGCCAUCCAGAGCUGGAAUACGGGGUUCCAUACAAUGCGACUGCAGAUUUAAUCAGAGAGUUGAUCGCAAUCAAAGAGGAUAUGAAAAAUGAAAUUUCAUUCAACCAAAUUACUGAGAUUCGAUUCGUAAAGGGAGAUGAUAUCUGGCUGAGUCCAGCUUAUGGUCGAGACACGACGUUCAUCACUGUCUUAACGUACAAUCCAUCAGAUGUCCUAAUGCACAGGUUCUUCAAACGCUUUGCAUCUUCUGCAAUACAACAUGGUGGACGCCCGCACUGGGGAAAGCUUUUCUAUGAGACAGAAGCGGAGCUGAGAACGAGAUAUCUCAAGUGGGAUGAGUUUAUGGCUGUGCGUGAGAAGAUGGAUCCACAUCGAGUGUUUAGUAAUUCAUUUCUCAGGAGACUGUUUCAUUUGUCAGUGAAACAAUAAUAGCUUUAAUAGCAAGUUAUUGCAGCCUGGUAUACUGCAUUUUGAGUAUGUUACAGUACCUCAUAUGUGCAAACUAAUAAUUUGUGCUUUCACUUUUCUGA